GGGAGGACGGCGUGCUAGCGACUCACGGGACGCAACGCGCCCCGCCUCCCCCGUCCGGUCCCUCUCUCAACGGUGAGGGGAUGACGUAGCUUUGCCAAAGACUUAGAAGCUAAGCAGAAAAUGAGCUUAACAUCCUGGUUUUUGGUGAGCAGUGGAGGCACUCGCCACAGGCUGCCACGAGAAAUGAUUUUUGUUGGAAGAGAUGACUGUGAGCUCAUGUUGCAGUCUCGAAGUGUGGAUAAGCAACAUGCUGUAAUCAAUUAUGAUGCCUCUACAGAUGAGCAUUUGGUGAAAGAUUUAGGCAGCCUAAAUGGGACUUUUGUGAAUGAUAUAAGGAUUCCAGAACAGAGUUAUAUUACCCUGAAACUUGAAGAUAAGCUGAGAUUUGGAUAUGAUACAAAUCUUUUUACUGUAGUAAGAGGAGAAAUGAGGGUCCCUGAAGAAGCCCUUAAGCAUGAGAAGUUUACCAUUCAGCUUCAGUUGUCCCAGAAAUCUUCAGAAUCAUCAGAAUUGUCAAAAUCUGCAAGUGCUAAAAUCACAGAUUCAAAGGUGGCAGAUGCACCUACAGAAGUGCAGCACAAGCCUACAGAAGCACUGAAAACUGAGGAAAAAGCCUCAGAUAUUUCUGCUAUGCCCCGUGGUACUCCAUUAUAUGGACAGCCGUCAUGGUGGGGGGAUGAUGAAGUGGAUGAAAAAAUAGACUUCAAGUCAAAUGGCAAAGCUGAAGAAAAAAAUCAUGAAACUGGAACAUCAGGGUGCAGCAUAGAUGCCAAGCAAGUUGAGGAGCAGUCUGCAGCUGCAAAUGAAGAUGUACUUUUUCCUUUCUGUAGGGAACCAAGUUAUUUUGAAAUCCCUACAAAAGAAUUCCAGCAACCUUCACAAAUAACAGAGAGCACUAUUCAUGAAAUCCCAACAAAAGACACACCAAGUUCCCAUACAACAGGUGCAGGGCAUGCUUCAUUUACCAUUGAAUUUGAUGACAGUACCCCAGGGAAGGUAACUAUUAGAGACCAUGUGACAAAAUUUACUUCUGAUCAGCGCCACAAGUCAAAGAAGUCAUCUCCUGGAACUCAAGACUUGCCAGGAAUUCAAACAGGAAUGAUGGCUCCAGAAAACAAAGUAGCUGACUGGCUAGCACAAAACAACCCUCCUCAAAUGGUAUGGGAAAGAACAGAAGAGGAUUCCAAAAGUAUAAAAAGCGAUGUUCCAGUGUACUUGAAAAGGUUGAAAGGAAAUAAACAUGAUGAUGGUACACAAAGUGACUCAGAGAAUGCUGGGGCUCACAGGCGCUGUAGCAAACGUGCAACUCUUGAGGAACACUUAAGGCGCCACCAUUCAGAGCAGAAAAAGCUACAGAAGGUGCAGGCUCCUGAAAAGCAUCAAGACCAGGCUGUUACUAGCUCUGCGCAUCACAGAGGGGGGCAUGGUGUUCCACAUGGGAAAUUGUUAAAACAGAAAUCAGAGGAGCCAUCGGUGUCAAUACCCUUCCUACAAACUGCAUUAUUAAGAAGUUCAGGGAGUCUUGGGCACAGACCAAGCCAGGAGAUGGAUAAAAUGUUAAAAAAUCAAGCUACUUCUGCUACUUCUGAAAAGGAUAAUGAUGAUGACCAAAGUGACAAGGGUACAUAUACCAUUGAGUUAGAGAAUCCCAACAGUGAGGAAGUGGAAGCAAGAAAAAUGAUUGACAAGGUAUUUGGAGUAGAUGACAAUCAGGAUUAUAAUAGACCUAUUAUCAAUGAAAAGCAUAAAGAUCUGAUAAAAGAGUGGGCUCUCAGUUCUGCUGCAGUAGUAAUGGAAGAAAGAAAACCACUGACUACAUCUGUAUUUCACAACUCAGAGGAAGGCACAUCUUCAUCUGGAAGCAAACGUUGGGUUUCACAAUGGGCUAGUUUGGCUGCUAAUCAUACAAGACAUGAUCAAGAAGAAAGAAUAAUAGAAUUGUCUGCACCUGUUCCUUCAGAAAAUGAAGCAGAUAUUGGUGAAUCUGGCAUUUCCCUGAGAAGAACUGGAUCUGUAGCUUCCUUGGCUGGGCAGGGAGAGAGAAGGAGACGAACUCUUCCCCAGCUUCCAAAUGAAGACAAGUCUCUUGAGAGCUCUAGAGCAAAGAUUAUAGCACAAAGGUCAGAAAUAGGUGAAAAGCAAGACACAGAACUGCAGGAGAAAGAAACACCAACAGGGGUACACCAGAAAGAUAAACAAGAUGCUGACAGAUCCCUGAAUAAAGUGAAUAGAACAGUAAAUGGUGGAGAUAAUAAAAUCCUGCCUCACAUAGGCAACUCUACUCCUGGGAAGGAGAAGAGUGAACCUGAUAAGGAAGCUUCUUUAGUAAAGCAGACAUUAGCAAAAAUUCAGCAGCAACAAGAACAGAAGGAGCAGGCCCAGUGGACACCUGCUAAAUUAUCUUCAAAAAAUAUUUCAGGUCAGAUAGAUAAAUGCAGGGAGGAAACUUCUAAACAAGAGUCCCAACCUCCAGACAAAAUUCCAGGACAUUCCACAAGCAAAGGAGAAAGAGUAAUACAAAAUGAGAGCAAGAGAAGAAAAGCAGAGGAAAUUCUGAAAACUCAGACUUCAAAGGGAGGAGACAAGAAAGAAUCCUCCAAGUCAUUAGUGCGACAAGGGAGCUUCACUAUAGAAAAACCUAGCCCAAACAUACCUAUAGAACUUAUUCCUCAUAUAAAUAAACAGACUUCAUCUACUCCUCCUUCUUUAGCAUUAACAUCUGUAAGUAGACUACGAGAAAGAAGUGACUCUUUGGAUACUGAUUCUAGUAUGGACACAACCCUUAUUUUAAAAGACACAGAAGCAGUAAUGGCUUUUUUAGAAGCUAAAUUGCGUGAAGAUAACAAAACUGAUGAAGGCCCAGAUACUCCCAGUUAUAAUAGAGACAAUUCUAUUUCACCAGAAUCUGAUGUGGAUACAGCUAGUACUAUCAGUCUGGUCACUGGAGAGACUGAAAGAAAGUCAACCCAAAAACGAAAGAGUUUCACUAGCCUCUAUAAAGACAGGUGUUCCACAAGUUCUCCUUCCAAAGAUGUAACAAAAUCAUCAUCUUCGGGUGCUAGGGAGAAAAUAGAAAAAAAAACAAAAAGUCGUUCCUCAGAUGUAGGUUCAAGGUCAGACGGUCGUAAAUUUGUACAAUCCAGUGGAAGAAUAAGGCAGCCUUCGGUAGAUUUAACAGAUGAUGACCAAACCUCGAGUGUACCUCAUUCUGCUAUCUCUGAUAUUAUGUCAUCUGAUCAGGAAACUUAUUCCUGUAAAUCUCAUGGAAGGACUCCACUUACCUCAACUGAUGAGCAUAUACAUUCCAAACUGGAAGGAGGUAAAGGAACAAAAUCUAAGACUUCUCCUGUAGCAUCUGGGUUAUCCAGUAAGUCAACUACUCUUCCAAGGCCACGACCUACCAGGACUUCCCUCUUGCGCAGAGCACGACUUGGUGAAGCUUCAGACAGUGAACUUGCUGAUGCCGACAAAGCAUCUGUUGCUUCUGAAGUAUCCACAACAAGUUCUACAUCCAAGCCACCCACAGGAAGGAGGAAUAUUUCUAGGAUUGAUUUAUUGGCUCAGCCUCGUAGAACAAGGCUUGGUUCGUUAUCAGCUCGUAGUGACUCUGAAGCUACAAUAUCUAGAAGUAGUGCCUCUUCACGUACUGCAGAAGCCAUCAUUAGAAGUGGAGCCAGAUUAGUACCAUCAGAUAAAUUUUCUCCUAGAAUUAGAGCUAACAGUAUCUCUCGACUAUCAGACUCCAAGGUCAAAAGUAUGACCUCAACUCAUGGCUCUCCUUCAGUAAAUUCAAGAUGGAGGCGCUUUCCUACUGAUUAUGCUUCCACCUCAGAAGAUGAAUUUGGAUCAAACCGUAAUUCCCCUAAACAUACCCGUCUACGUACUUCUCCAGCCCUGAAAACCACUCGCUUGCAGAGCACUGGAUCAGCAAUGCCUACUAGUUCUUCAUUCAAGCACCGGAUUAAAGAGCAGGAAGACUACAUCCGAGAUUGGACUGCUCAUCGAGAAGAAAUAGCCAGGAUCAGCCAAGAUCUUGCUCUCAUUGCUCGGGAGAUCAACGAUGUAGCAGGAGAGAUAGAUUCAGUGACUUCAUCAGGCACUGCCCCUAGUACCACAGUAAGCACUGCUGCCACCACCCCUGGCUCUGCCAUAGACACUAGAGAAGAGUUGGUUGAUCGUGUUUUUGAUGAAAGUCUCAACUUCCGAAAGAUCCCUCCAUUAGUUCAUUCUAAAACACCAGAAGGAAACAAUGGUCGAUCUGGUGAUCCAAGACCUCAAACAACAGAGCCUCCUGAUCAUCUAACAAUUACAAGACGGAGAACCUGGAGCAGGGAUGAAGUCAUGGGAGAUAAUCUGCUGCUGUCAUCUGUCUUUCAGUUCUCUAAAAAGAUAAGACAAUCUAUAGAUAAAACAGCUGGAAAAAUCAGAAUAUUAUUUAAAGACAAAGAUCGGAACUGGGAUGAAAUAGAAAGCAAAUUAAGAGCUGAAAGUGAGGUCCCUAUUGUGAAAACCUCAAGCAUGGAGAUUUCUUCUAUUUUACAGGAGCUGAAAAGAGUUGAAAAGCAGUUACAAGCAAUCAAUACUAUGAUUGACCCAGAUGGAACUUUGGAAGCUCUCAACAACUUGGGAUUUCCUAGUGCUAUCUUGCCAUCUCCGCCAAAACAGAAAUCCAGUCCUGUGAAUAACCACAGCAGCCCGGGUCAGACACCAACACUUUGCCAGCCAGAAGCUAGGGUUCUUCUUCCUGCUGCUGCCUCAGUCUCAGCUGAAUUUGAGAAUGCCGAAUCUGAGGCUGAUUUCAGUAUACAUUUCAAUAGGUUCAACCCUGAUGGGGAAGAGGAAGAUAUUACAGUACAUGAAUGACUUUCUCUUGAUUGUUAAAACAAUUACCUGUGGAAUGUCUAGGAAUUAUUGGAAGCAGCAUAGUAUUGACAUACAAAACAAGACAAUUUGGUCAACUACAAUCUUGUCAUCCCUGUCUUCUUAAUUUUAUUUAUUUUUUUUACCUAAAAUGAAGCGUCAUAGUAGUGCUUUCAAACCAUUUAGAUAACCACUUGAUGCACAUAUAGGGAAAAGCAGAUUGUGGCAGAUUUACCUUUUGUGGUUUUAUGAUUUUCAAAUUGAAUUAUUGCAUCCUUUCCCUUCAUAGAUCUUUGUUUUUUUUUUUAAGCCAUGCUGUGACCUACAAGCAGACUAAAUAUCCCCCUGUCUCCUGUGCCAAGCUGCUCCCUGAAAUGGACUUCUUCUUCAUCUGUACAGAUUUGUUAAACAUUCUAUUUGCUUCUUAAUGUUAGGUUUAUAUUAGUACUCAUUACCAUUGGACACAAUGACAUUGUUCUCCACAGUAAAGCAGACCUUUUACAACAGUCAUUCUGUGUCCUAAAAUUUUCCAGCAUAGAUGUGAUUUAUAUAACUUUGUUGCUACAUAACUUGUCUUGGGGUUUAUGGAGAUUAACCAUUAUGUUUGCACUAAGAUUUACUGGGAGUGGUAGGUGGACAUAUCUAUAUCAAUAAGGACUAACCGUCUUUUUUGUACAUAGGAAAUUGAUAAUACUGUAUUUGUUUUAACCCCACAGUGUUUUACUCCACUUUCAAAAAGAUCAAUUUGGCACUUUUUUUCAAUUUUUUAAAUGGAAAUAAGAUUUUGUCUCUCAUUUUAGAUUAAAUGAUAACUAGAAAGAUUAAACUAGACAGAUAGUUUAGGUGGAGUAUAUUUUUAAAACUAAGAACAUGUAUAUCGGUCCUGUGCUACCAAGUUUAUAUGUGACAGUUGAAAAAAAUUCCCCCUGAAAUAAUCAUGAAGUUAAAAUUUUCUUCAUUAGGAAACUUGGAGAACCAGUAGUUGUAAGAUUAGUUGAUAGUUUCACUCCCAAGCAGUGAAUUGCUUCUGUGUGUUUCCCUGUAGGACCCAAUAGUAAAUCCUGUCUCAGUCUUAAAACACAUUUAUGAAGACCCUGAAAGACAACAAUGACAAAGGCUUUUGGCUUAUGCUACUAAACAGAAAGCCUAUGAAAAAUAUCUUCGAUAAACUCUUUUUUUUUUUUUUUUCCUUUCCUUCCAGUAAGUUCACAUUUGGGUGACUUUAAAAAUUAAGUAAUUAUCUUUGUGUUUCCAGAACACUAUAAUUUGGGUGAAUCUUAGUUAAAUAUUUUUAGACCAGGAUUUCCCCCUUGAUUCCAGCAGCCCCUAAAGGUUAAACUGUAACUUUUGUGAAAUAGUCUUUAAUUUUAAUUUCAGCAAUAACCUGUUCUACCUUAUUUAAAGAAGCAAAGUAACUGUGUACUUCAGAACUUUAUAGGAUUUAAAAAAUCCUGUACUAUUGGAUCAAGUAAUAAAAAGGCAGAGUCUUUUUGUAGAGUUGUAAAAACAAUUCUGUUGUAUACUGGAUUUCAUGUUUUUCUUUAAACAAACAAAAGGUAAAGAACUCCUUGUAAAGCUGAUUUCCCAUUGUAUCUAAUAAAGGAAGACUAAAAAAGGUUUUAAAGUACAUAAAAGGAAAGAUAAAAAUGCACUAAAGGAAUAAAUAAAAUGUUCAAACAGGGUCAGUCCAUUUGAAAAAAAAGUUGAACAAAAUAAUCAUCAUUGCUCCCUCUUUUGUUUAAUGUUUGGGUACUGAUCAUAUCCACAUGGAAGUAGAAGGUAAGGAGUUAGAAAAUUUAGCAUUUACUCUACUUACGUUAUUGUUUGUUUACACAGUUUUGUUCAAUUAUAAACAUUUGGCCUUUUACUAUGUUAUUUUUAUUUUGUAUGAAUACAUUAUUCUCCUUAUUUAUUUUUGUUACAUUUAUUACUUAUGUUAUUUUGUUAAGCAUUUACAAUUCCAUUUUUAAAUAAAGUGUUUCUGGAACUUUA